CAAUUCAGUCAGUCAGUCAGUCAUUCAUAAGCUGUUCCGCAGAUUGGAUGAAACGCGACCGUGUCGACGUUGUGCUCUCAGUUGCCGUGUAAAUUGAAUUCGACUUCGGUUUGUGUUUUGAGUAGUGGUGCGUCGUACUCUACAACACUAGGUCAUCGGAGCAUUUUGAGUUCUGAAGUAACCUAUCAGGGUUGUUAGAAACGGUCGUGUCCUUCCUUCCGUCCUAUAGGUCAAAGCGAUUGUUGAUUGUUAACUAUCAAUACAAAUUUACCUCGCCUGCCUGCAAUCUCAGCACCAUGGAUCGACGGUUCCCAACCCUGAACGGUGGUAGUAGCAGUAGUCAGCUAUCGGCCUUCCGAAAUCCGUUCGGUCGGAGACCAUGGAUGGAACAGCAGGGAGCAGCUGCCGCAGCCGGUGGAACCGGUCUGAAAGGCAUCGUGGCCGGCGGCAUUACCGGUGGUAUCGAAAUCUGCAUCACAUUCCCGACCGAGUACGUCAAGACCCAACUUCAGCUCGAUGAAAAGGGUGCCACCAAACAAUACAAUGGUAUUAUGGAUUGUGUCAAAAAAACUGUUAAAAAUAAUGGUUUCUUCGGGCUGUACAGAGGACUGAGCGUCCUUCUUUAUGGAUCAAUCCCUAAGUCGGCAGUGAGAUUUGGAGCCUUUGAAACCUUCAAAGAGCAGUUGAUGGAUUCGAAUGGGCAGCUGAGUACCUCUGGUAAGCUGUUAGCCGGUUUGGGAGCCGGUGUUGCCGAGGCCAUCCUCGCCGUAACCCCAAUGGAAACCGUAAAGGUCAAGUUUAUCAACGAUCAGCGAAGUGCCAGUCCAAAGUACAAAGGGUUUUUCCACGGCGUCGGGAUGAUCGUCAAGCAGGAAGGUUUCUCGGGAGUGUACAAGGGUGUAACGGCGACUAUUCUCAAGCAAGGUUCCAACCAAGCCAUUCGUUUCUACGUCAUGGAAACGCUGAAGGAAGUAUACAAGGGAGACGACCCGAAGAAGCCGGUUCCGAAACUGGUGGUCGGAGCCUUUGGUGCCGUGGCCGGAGCAGCUUCCGUUUUCGGCAACACUCCGAUCGAUGUGGUCAAAACGCGAAUGCAAGGUCUGGAAGCUGCCAAGUAUAAGAACACUGUCGAUUGUGCCGUACAGAUCUGGAAAAACGAAGGGGCACUCGCCUUCUACAAGGGCACUGUUCCACGGUUAAGCCGUGUAUGCUUAGAUGUAGCCAUCACGUUCAUGAUCUACGAUUCGUUUAUGGAUUUGUUUAACAAGUUUUGGCGCUAAAUUGGAACCCACUUGUGUGCUAAGUAAGCUUUCGUUAGUCGAAACCCGUACGUAACAUCUUGUCAUGACGAACAAUCCUAUCACAGCGCAACCGAUAAGACUUUAAACAAAAACGAGCGCAUCACUUCAGGGAACUAUAUCAACUUUACAAGUGUCCAAUCCCAAGCUAAUCUACACAACUGGGGGAAAUGAGUGUAGCAUAACAUAGUUCAUAGAGUCAAAUCUCCCGCUGAAUGGCGACAUUUCAGGAAGCAAACUAACCUACUGUAAGCUAGUUGUGUAAAAAAUCAUACGGGCAAAAAGUAACAGUCAUUCUUACAUCCAAUGAUACGCUUACGAAGAACAAACGAACGAUCGAAUCUUAAAGAUUACGCAUUUCUCUGUUGACCAGAAUCCAGUUUAUAGUAACCAAUGUUAGGUCCUGUUAACCAAGCCAUUACGGAGCGUCUGCACCGCCAAAAACGUAGCUGUUACGUUGGACAUUGUUAUGAACGAAGCACAAACUCCCACUAGGACGAUGCUCCUAGAUUGUCCCGUAGAAUAUGUGUUUGUGUAACGACCUCGACGACGAGUAAGAGUCUGGGUGCACUGGUUUCUGUUCCGUUCCGUACCGAUGUACUUUAAUUUUCCAAAAAAUAUAGGAAUCAACAAAGAUAACAAAAACAAGCGUUGUGUAACAAUGAGCCAUUCCAAUUUGUGACUUUAUCAUUUUACAGUUGUUAAGUUCUAUCUUGUCCGGUGUAAGUUUAAAACAACAAAGCAAGGCGUAGCAUUGCAAACAGAACAUUCGAGACACAUUCUAGUUUAUUUUUACUGUUAACUUUUGUUUUAAAUGUUUCAUCCGUAAAAUUCAGAUUUUUCCCGUGUACUUUGAAGAAUUUUGUGAUGAUUUUAGGAGCUAUGGAAACGAAAAGAAUCAAGCCUAUUUAUUGGUCAAUGUGUAAUAUAGAAAUCUAGUUGUACUAUUGUAUCUACCAUUAUGGAAAUAAACAUGAUGAAAUCUAA